UGAGAAAAUUCUCGUUAUAAAAAAUCCCUAUUGUUAUGAGUGGCAAAUUUCAUUUCUGACUUUCGCUGGUAACGUUACGUCGAGCAUUUAUGACGUAAGAUUUCAACUAUGGAUUAGAAAAACGUCGAACAUAAUGAAGAAUAUUUCAACACCAUCUACGAGUUCUCGACUGACGACAAAAGUAUUUUAUCAAAUUGGCCAAAGACCAUCGAUUUCUGUCAUUUCUGGUCACGAAAAUGACAAAAUUGAUAUCAUUCGAGAGGACAUCCAAUUCAAUGUAAAUCACAGCUUUUGGACAGUUUCCUUGACUGUGGGAAGCAUUCGGUUGUUGAAGAUAAAACUGGAGGCAUCAAAUCUUGCAUUCAUGGAUUGUUUUAUUAAGGAAGCAUUUUUUCAACUGCCCAGCACAAACUGGAGUUUAUCAUCGUUCAAUACAAAGGAAAUUUUAGGUAUGAUCAUUCAACAACAUAAAACAUAUAUGUGUGACAAUACAACAAAUUUAAUGAAUGAACAACUUAACAUGAAGAACGGAUCUGAUUGUAUGUAUCAAGUUUUUCCUCCGGAUUCCUCUUCUAAAAUAUUUUGGAAUUCCACUCAUCUUUUUCUCAAGAAUAGCAAUGGUGAUCCAGCCAUUUUGAUAAAAAAAGAAGGAGAUUUAAGUUCAUCAAAUGAAGACAUUAGACGUGUUACUAUAUCAAACAAUGGUGAUUACUUGGUGUUAUAUGAAGAUAAUGUUACAUACUACGGACGAUAUGGAGUUACCAUUAUGACAAAUUUGAAUUCCAAUUUUCCGCAACACUCACAAAUGGAGUUCGUAUUUGAUGUUAUUGGUAGUGCUUAUGUUGUUUUCCGAAACUCGAGUGGGAAGGCCAUUUCCAUCACCAACUAUCCUUUGGAUAAUAAAGUGUUCAACUCUCUUUAUCCUAAUGUUAAUUGCUCUUUCAUUGAGUUUUCUUUUGGUAAUUUAUCUUCCAGUAAUGUAAUGGAUAAAUGGGGAGAAUUUAAGAUUUAUGGCUACUUAGUGUUCAAGCGAAGUUUUUUAAACGGCAUUCGGCUUGUGUGGAAUCCAAGUGAUGAUUUGUUGUUGACCAUAACAGAGCAAAGAGAAUAUCACCAAGACCUUAUCAUCCUUUAUAAGACUUAUACUUUCAAAGAAAAAUGGACGAAUAAUGACACAUUAUCUUUAUCAAGCUAUUCUGUGACCUUAUUGCCCAAGCUAAAAAGCGUGAUCUGCAAACGUCCUUUUUACAAAGUGUUUCGUUUUCAAAUUGGUUGUCCACCGAGAAGACGGGCUUUUAUUAGAGAUACUAAACAUCACUCUAGCAGUGCGCAAGUUUUCGAAGAAGAAGAUGAAUUUUCUUUAAACUUAUCGUGGGGAGAAACAUUUCAACCAGUCUUAUUGACUUACGAUGAUAAAGUGCUCAUUGGAAGGUAUUACAAACACUUUAAUAUCAAGGAAGUUAAUGAAAGAUCUGAUUUUUUCGUACAAAUCAUUGACAAGCUUGGUAAUCGGAGUACGACUGUGUUUUCAUUUCAUGGUAGUGGUUUGUUCAGAUUUUCUAUAAAAUUUGAAGAUAAAAACGUGAGUUUCUGUUCUACCAUGUUACAGUUCAAUGUUCACGUGACAAAGCAACAGAAAACAAACUACUUUCUCGUGGUGUUAACGUGUGUUAUACUCAUCACAACUCUGCUUAUUACCUACCUUGUCUUUAAUUAUAUCUUGUAUCGAAAUGAUUUUCUUCGUCGACAUGAAGAAGACAAUGAAACAAAAAAACGCCUUCAAGAGUUACGGUUUCUGGCUACGCUACAAUAUUUUAAUUCAAAUUCUAUUGUACAAAAAGCAUCAAAAUCGACAGACGAUUACAGCACACGGAACUCUGUCUUGAUCCUGGGUAAGACCGAACACAAGAAUAACUGACAAUUUUCGUCGUCUGAGACGACAGGUGAUUACGAAGUAUUUCGGACAUCGAAAAACAUUUUAGAAUACUUGCCUAAAAUUAAUGAUAAAAUCAUUUUGCGAAACUUUUUUUAUAAGUUUGUGUGGCUAGAUUUUGUUGUUGUUGUUCACACAUCCAGUAUAAUAACAGGUGUUUCAUUACAUAAAAAUUUUGUAUUUAAAAGUUAACGAUAAUUUAUUGAAUGACAUGAUUGGAGGUACUGAUGCAAAUUACACAACUCCAUUUCAGUGUUGUAAAAAAGCUGAUAGACACUUUUUAUCAAUUAAAUGGCUCAUUAUAUUUA